CAUGGAGAUCUUGUCUGAUCUGAUGGUGCAAUUGUUUAGACAGAUUGAUUAAGCCAUACGAACCAAAGAUUAUUAGAGAAAAAUGAUGUUUGGGGCUGUCAAACAUGUUCGUUACUUAAGGGACAAACAAUUUGAUAUCUUAGCAUGCCCAAUAUAUUAGGUACAAUAUAUAUAAUUUUUGUAAAGACUCGUGCGGGCAUGUGCUUAGUCCUACAUCAGUUAUUCGUUGGAUAGAUUUUGAAUACUUAUACAAGAUCAAGAAAUCCAAAUAAAACCUUCCGGCUAGCCAUUUUGAGUAAGAUCCUGGAUUGUUACAAAUAGUAUCAAAGCGGAUCUAGCUCAUAAUCUAUGUAGACUAGGGGACACUGCAUCACAAAUUCAUUAGGACAGACUACGAGCCGAUCAUAGUGCUUGUGAUUAGAUUUGAAUCCUUAACAUAAUGAGGACGUCAUGGCUUAAACAGGAAGAGUAUAUGAGAACCUGUGCAGGCGUAUGUUUAGUCCCACAUUAGUAUUCGCUGAAUAGAUCUUGCGUACUUAUACAAAAUCAAGAAUCUCUCCUAACAGAAAUGAGUCCAAGCUACAGGCAACUGCCAUCAUCUGAUCAUAAGUACCUUCACUUGCAUUGUGGGCAAAAUGGAUUUUUCCUCGAUAAGCAACAAAAAAGUUAGCAUGUUAAAGGCGCAAACAUUUGACAUGAUUGCUCCCGGCAUGCUUUGGCUAUGUAUGGCCCAUCAGCUCAAGUUGUUAAGAUGGCCACAGUGAGGUUAAUGCUAGAACCUAACCACCCCAUGUUGAGAAUAGUUGACAAAAUGGAUGGUUAGUCACGGAAGUUGGUUUCCUAUGAGCAUCAUUCCAGAAUAUUACGGCCAAUGAACAAUAAAAGAAAUAAAUUAAGAGCCAAAGAAUGAUUAAUAAAAGAGAAAUGAUUAAUAUGGGGCCCUUAAAUGAAGUAAUUUUUGCAAAGCUUUUCCUUGUUGGUGCAAUCACCAGAAGGACCCACAUGUCUAGAAUUUAGAUGAGUCAUCCGAAAUAGGAAUUCAAACUCAGGCUUUUUGCAAUGAGUUUAUUAUAUGGAAUAAAGACCAUCAUCCAAUUGACCAAUUGAAAAAAGGAUUUGCUAGAAGUGAGACCAUCUCCUCCAUAUGUGAUGGUGUAUGAUCAUGUCAUUGCCAAGCCACCUGGGUCACCUUUAACUUGUGGAAGGGAUUUAUAAAAGUUCAACAUCAUUAACUGUUGCUCAGCAGCUACUCCUACACCUUUCUUUAUAUUCACUCAACUGCUCAACAAACCUGAAAAAUAAUUUAUUUAUUCUGGAAGAAAAGCAUUCAGGAUGCCAAUCUUUUGCUGUUGCCCCCAUUCAAGAAAGAACUCUUUAACAAGAGAAAUCAUCUCUCUUAGCUCUCAAGAAAUCCAAAGGCAACCAACACACCCACCACAACAGUCAGAAGAAGUGAAGGCAAGAGUAGAAAAGAGAAGAAGACCAACUCACAACCAUAUGCAAGACCUGAAAAGCUUCCUGAGAAACAUUGCAGAUAUGAAACAGCAGCAGGAGGAGGACAUGAGAGGGUAAGAGGAAAGAGAAAAAAAAUGACAUGGAAGAAUCUCAUCUUCAUCCUUUUCCUUAUCUUCUCAACCAUUUCCUUCCUUAGACUCUUCAGAUUUACAAGCAUUACUUCACCCCCUAUCCUUCCCCCUUUUCCAUUCCUUUCAAAUUCAUGUGCUUCCACAAAUCCUGUACCUGUGAAACGCCUUCCUCAUGUAUUGCAUACAGUGAAACCUUAUGUCAGGCCACCUGCUGAAGACAUCCUCAGAUUGAAAGAGCACCAGCUCCUCAAAAAUCUUAUAACCCACAGAGCCCCAUGCAACCUCCUUUUCUUUGGACUUAAACCACAAUUCCUUGAUCUAGCCAUGCUGAAUACUGAAGGCACUACUAUCUUCCUAGAAGACGACCUCGAAAAGCUCAGAACUCGAAAACUCAAAGGCAUGGGAGUCUACUUGGUUAAAUACCAUAAAAGAUCCAGUGAAGCAUAUGAGCUACUUAAGCAUGCUAGGACAAACCCUGCCUGCACACCACAAGCAGGUCUCCUCCAUAGAUCACACUGCAAGCUAGCACUUACUGGCCUGCCAGGUGUAGUGCGCAGGAGAAAAUGGGACGUGGUGGUCGUCGAUGGACCAAGAGGAGACCAACCAGAGGCUCCAGGCAGGAUGGGGGCAAUCUACACAGCUGCCAUGGUUGCCAGAGCUAGUAAGAUGACGGACGUUCUUGUCCAUGACAUAGAUCGGAUGAUUGAGAAGUGGUACUCUUGGGAGUUCUUGUGUCAUGAAAAUUUGGUUUCUUCUAAGGGAAAACUAUGGCAUUUUAGAAUAAAAGGAAACUCCAGCUCUACUAGGUUUUGCUCUGAGGCUGUACCUCUGAUUCAGUAGGUAUGUUCCUACUUUUCUUUUGCACCUUACAGAUAUGAAAUCAUUUAUUGAAUAUGAAUGAAACCAUAGUUAUAUCAAAA